AUGCAGAUCUUUGUAAAAACACUUACUGGCAAGACCAUUACCCUUGAGGUAGAAUCAUCAGACACUAUUGACAAUGUCAAGCAAAAGAUUCAAGAUAAGGAAGGUAUUCCUCCGGACCAACAACGUCUUAUCUUCGCUGGUAAGCAGCUUGAGGACGGACGCACUCUCUCUGA